ACAAUAUCGAAAAAUUCUUCAGACUAUCUGAUUUAGUAGAAAAUAGGACUAGAAAUCGAAAAAAUGCGGCGGUGGAGUUUCUUCCGUGGGGGCCGGGUCGAGCGAAAUGGCGACCGUGGAAAAUUAUUGUGAUUUUUAUGGGUGAUUAGAUUAGGAAAAAAUGCAUCUCGCACGUGUGUGUGUCUGUGUAGUGACGGCUGGGCGGGGGUGGGGGAAGGUGCGCGCGCAAGAGGAAGAAGCGUCACGAGAGGGCUCCGCUAACAAUUCGAUACUUACGGGUUUUUGGAUGUGUACAAACUUCAUAGUAUCAGACCAAGUUUAGACAAAUGACAGCUAGCUCUCGAAACGGAAGAAUAUUGAGGUUUAGUUUAAAAUGCUUUUGAAAAGUGCGUGUGUUUAAAAAAUAACAAAAUUAAACAUAAUUUAUUAAUAUGGAACCUGUGGAUGCUACGCAAAAGAUUCCUGAAUCGCUAUCAUCAGAUAAAAGUGAACCAACUGAAAAUGUAACGGAUACCUCAACGAAAGACGCAAUUCCUGCGAAUGAAAUUGAACAAAAUCAAGCAAGCGGUGAUAGUGUAGUUAAUAAUGACAGUGAAAUUAACAAUACAACUGUAGAAACUGAUAACAGCGAAAUGAAUUCACAAGUUGUUAAGUUUAAUGAAGAAAAAAUUAGUGAUUCUAACGAACAAGAGAACAAAGGUGAUUCUAGUGUGAUUUUGAAGAAUCAAACAUCUUCUUUUAGAAACAUUUUAUCGAACUACCAAAGUGAUACUUCUGCUAGCGAAGAUAGCGAGAGCGACAGUUCGGACAACGAACAAUCGAAUGCAUCUUCCAGUUCCAGCUCGAGCGAUGACGAAGACGAAAACGACACGUCCAGAAUUUGCCAGGAAAUUAGCGAUGAUGAAAUCAACGAAUCAAACAAACGGAUAUCGAAAGGCGGCGACAAAACUUCGACGCAAACAAUCGAGCAGGAAUUAUUCGACCCCACGGAAAUCGUAAUGGACUUGUCCAAUUUGCACAUCGAUUACAGAAAAGAGGAGUUUAUACACAUCGGACACAUCACGCACUUUAUAAGCACGAUAGUAACAGUCGAAACUCUCAAAAACACCGACUCCUACGAUCUAAAAACGGUCUUGUUCGUGGACGACGGGGAGGAUUCGAAGAAAGCUUUCGGGGCCAUUUGCGACGUCAUAGGGCAAGUCAGCCAACCCGUUUAUUGUGUACGAUUAAAAGAAACCAAAGACAUCGAAACUUUGGCUCUCGAAGAAGGCAUGAAAGUUUACAGCGCCCCCAAAAGCGUCUACACGAAAUACGUCUUCGUAAAGGACUUAUUGAGGAUGAAGGGAACCGAUGCUUCGUGGAUCGGCGACCAAGAGCCUCCUAGCGAUGAAAUGGAUUCAUCCGAGGACGAAAUCGAGCAGGAAUCGCGUAAAAGGACUCACAACGGUGGAUUCAACCAAGCGAGAAAUCGCAGGAAUCAAAGACAAGCCGGUGGUGGGAAUUUUUCGAGAUCCGGUCCUGUACAGAUGUUUCCGCACGGGUUCAAUCCUUCGGUACCACCACCGAACGUACCCGUUUUAUAUCCAGGGUUUGCAGCGAAUCCUCAAAUGCCCGGCUAUAAUAGUAAUACUCCGCAGAAUUCGAUGAAUAGAAACGGCUGGUUUCAUUACAGACGGAAUUAAACGCUCGAUCUUGGACACACUGUAUGGGAAAUCCACAGGCGUAUGGAGGAAGAAGAAGAAAAAGUUAAGAGGUCGAAAACUACCUGCUUCGCUGGCGCGUCGCAACAGCAACUCGUAGACGCCCGAUAGACGAUUGGCCUCGGCGUUUCUGUAGCUACCGGAGAAGAGAUGCUUCAACGAUCUGGGUCCCGUCCUGGCGUCCCUUCCGUAUAUCACCAAGCUCAGGUCCUUCGUUAUGAUGGCCGGUCGACCGCAAUUCUC